GCUUCCCGGCCCGGGCCCGGGGGCCCUGGGUGUCCUCGCUCAUCCAGGGCUGGCCUGCGCGAUUUGGGGAGGAAGCGUCGCGAUGAAGUUGGGUCGCUCGGGGUCGCUUCUUGGCGAUUCUGCGGACGAAGAUCACUAGCGCUUCGGGCUGACUCGCCCGACGGCGCCCCGCGCACCUGCCCAGAGCUGCCCUCCGGAAGCGUGCCCUGGCGCCUGGGCCUGGGAGUUUCCCGGGGCGCCUGCUUCUCAGUCGAGUUGGUCUUUCACUUCGUGAGGGGUGUGUAAGGCGGCUCCCCGUAGGUGAAUCAAGGUCUCCAGAUCCUAAUGUCCGAAGGUGACAGCGUGGGGGAGUCCGUCCAUGGGAAGCCUUCCGUGGUGUACAGAUUCUUCACGAGACUUGGACAGAUCUAUCAGUCCUGGCUGGACAAGUCCACGCCUCACACGGCCCUGCGGUGGGUGGUGACGCUGGGCCUGAGCUUCGUCUACAUGGUUCGAGUUUACCUGUUGCAGGGUUGGUACAUCGUGACCUACGCCCUGGGGAUCUACCAUCUCAACCUCUUCAUAGCCUUCCUUUCUCCAAAAGUGGACCCUUCCUUGAUGGAAGACUCAGACGACGGCCCCUCGUUACCGACCAAACAGAGCGAGGAGUUCCGGCCCUUCAUCCGGAGGCUCCCGGAGUUCAAGUUCUGGCACGCGGCGACCAAGGGCAUCCUUGUGGCCAUGGUUUGCACCUUCUUCGAGGCGUUCAACGUGCCAGUGUUCUGGCCCAUCCUGGUCAUGUAUUUCAUCAUGCUUUUCUGUAUCACGAUGAAGAGGCAGAUAAAGCACAUGAUCAAGUACCGGUACAUCCCGUUCACGCACGGCAAGAGGACGUACAAGGGGAAGGAGGACGUGGGCAAGGCCUUCGCCAGCUAGACGCCAGCCCUGCUGCGGCCCUGGGCGGUCCCCGGCGCCGUCACCACGCCUUUCUUCACAUAAAGUAGUUGAUUACAAGGGAGUCAUUUUCUUUUUAAAAAGGAGCUUCGAUUAUUUGUAACUGAAAUAUCAGGUUCUUGAAGAAACUGGCAUUUAAACCGAAUUGCAUUGAUUUAUUUUUCAGUGCCGGUCAGGUGUUGAGGACGGAAUUUUAGUAACACGCGGGCUGGGCGGGCUUGGGGAGGGUGGGCGGGCACUGUCCGCUAGGGAGGAACCGAGACGCGCCCAGCCGCCACCUCCAAGGACGCCCGCCUGCGGCUCCGGCCCCAUGGCCUAGUGGAGGACCUCCCCCGACUCCCACGUGUGUGAAGGAGCUUCCCGUUUGAAAGGUGAUUUUCAAGUAACUCCGGGUUCUGAUGCCAGUUUCCGUCUCAUCUCACGGAGAUGUCAGGUUGGCCUCCCUCACGGUGACUCAAAACUCUGUUUUUACCUACCAUGAUUGCUUUUGAGGGCCUGAAACUAUAAAUAUAUAUUAUAUUUUAAUUGUUUGA